GCUCAGCUGUUGCGGGGCGGGGCCUUCGCAGAGCAUGGCGGCGGGCGAGCUUGAGGGUGGCAAGACCCUGAGCGGGCUGCUGAAUGCGCUGGCCCAGGACACUUUCCACGGGUACCCCGGCAUCACAGAGGAGCUGCUACGGAGCCAGCUAUAUCCAGAGGUGGCACCCGAGGAGUUCCGCCCCUUUCUGGCAAAGAUGAGGGGGAUUCUUAAGUCUAUUGCGUCUGCAGACAUGGAUUUCAACCAGCUGGAGGCAUUCUUGACUGCUCAAACCAAAAAGCAAGGUGGGAUCACAUCUGACCAAGCUGCUGUCAUUUCCAAAUUCUGGAAGAGCCACAAGACAAAAAUCCGUGAGAGCCUCAUGAACCAGAGCCGCUGGAAUAGCGGGCUUCGGGGCCUGAGCUGGAGAGUUGAUGGCAAGUCUCAGUCAAGGCACUCAGCUCAAAUACACACACCUGUUGCCAUUAUAGAGCUGGAAUUAGGCAAAUAUGGACAGCCCGCUGUCAGUAAGAAGUAGCAAGAAGUAAAUUGGCAGAAAAGCUAUUAUAAGCAAAAGGAAGAUUCACUUAGCUAGUGAUUCAAAGCAUCACUAUAUGUCAAACUCACCUGAGGAGCUUAAAAAGAAAUUAAGAUGCCCAGACCCCAUCUCAAAGUAAGUGGCUUUACUUUAAUUUGAGUGAAGGAAGAUUUCUUCUCUGAGGUGAGCUGAGCUUUGAAUGACAAGAAGGAGGCAGCCCCAGGAAGAUCUGGGGGCACAAAAUACAGGCAGAGGGAGCAACCAAGGCAAGAAAUUAGCCUUGUUAAGAAUUUUAAGUGUAAUGGGAAGCCAUUAGAGGGUUUUAAACAAGGAAAGAUGUGAUGUGACUUAUAUUCUAAUAGGAUUGCCGUGAUUCACCUAUGGAGAAUGGAUUUCUGGGAUCUCAGUACUGGGAUACUGAGAUCCCAGGGGGAAAAUAUCACUAAGGUUGGAAUUGCUUUUCUGAACAUUAAAAGCAAUUCUCUUUUUCCUUGAAACCUCCAUGUGAUGUUAAUUAGGUAAAUGGGAUUUCAAGGAAAAACAAAAUACAAAACAACAAAAAGAAAAACUGUUAUCCUUCAUUCUCUUAAUAAGAUGAGGUAUUCAGAAAUGAAUGGAGCCAAUAUUAAUAUUCCACUCCAAAAAAUAGUAGAAAUGAGUUUACAUGGACUUCUCACAAUCUCCAUUCCACAUUUCCAUCUCUGUUUCUCAUUUAUGACAGGUCCCUUCCUUUAAAAACUUUUUUUAUUAUAAUAUGUUCCAAAACUUGUUUGUCAAACCUAGGGAUAACUAAUAAAAAUCAGUAUUGUAGGGGGAAAAAAAGUGAAAGCAGGAGGCCACUUACUGGGCUCUCACAGUGGUCCAGGUGAGAUAACAGCAUGGAAAUAGAGGUAAUUUUAAGGAAGUGAAGUGAGCAGGUAGAGUGUAUGUUUUGAAUAUGGGUGAGUUGCUUUGAGUUGACUUGGAAGGGAUGUAGAGAAUGAGAGAAAGUGAGGAAUUGGGGGUAACACCUUGUUUUUUCUUGUAAGACUAUGUUAGCAUAAUUUGGUAAUUCUAGUCAUUGUUAAACAGUCUUAUUGCAGUGUUGACUGUCUAAUAUACAACUUGAGUUUUCUGGUAGCUAUAAUUACCCCUUCCACUUGGGGAAAAAUAUAAAAGAAAUCAUUUAACAUUUGGCAGUUAAGAAAAUGUUGUUUGUGCUGAAGUAAUUUUAUUUUUAAAACUCUCAACUUACAGAGAGAUGCACUUCAGAUUACUGAACAUUAAUUUUUUAUAGACUUUAAAAGAAAAUCAUUGUUUCUUAUGAUGUGCCCUUUCUUAUGUAUACUAUACCCAAUAAAAUGAUUUAAAGAGGAGGAGAGAAGAAGAUGAAUGUCUUUGCAGAUUCAUUGACCCUGUGAGAAUAGGGCUUUGGCACUGCUGAAGUCCUCAGCCUCUGACUAGUAGCUUGCCAGCACGCAGCCCCUGGUGUUGGACUUCUUUCAGCUGUUCAGGCUGUCUGUUUCUAUUCUUGCAGACAGAUGGGGUGCUUGAGAGGAAGCCAGGAAGCCAAGCCUUAAGAGGACUUGGAAGCAAUUUUUGGAUAUAAAUCCCUUGUCCUAAACUCAGGGCAACAGUGUAUCCUGCCCAGCAGUGUUGAACUGCCUGUGUUUGUCUAGUAUGUGUGUACUGGCUGGUUGGCUCUGGGCUUCAUUCCAUGUAUGCCACUGCUCUAUUGCCAAGAUAAAUGUAGAAGGCCUCUGGCCCAAGCCCUUCCUUAGUACUU